AUGGAGCUGACUGAAUUGCUCCUCGUGGUCAUCCUUCUCCUAACUGCAAGACUAACUCUGUCCAGCCCGGCUCCUCCUGCCUGUGACCCUCGACUCCUAAAUAAACUGCUUCGUGACUCCCAUGUCCUUCACAGCAGACUGAGCCAGUGUCCAGACAUUAACCCUUUGUCCACACCUGUCCUUCUGCCUGCUGUGGACUUCAGCUUGGGAGAAUGGAAAACCCAGACGGAGCAGACCAAGGCACAGGACGUUCUGGGAACCACGACCCUUCUGCUGGAGGCAGUGAUGGCAGCGCGGGGACAGCUGGGCCCCACUUGCCUCUCAUCCCUCCUGGUGCAGCUUUCUGGGCAGGUCCGCCUCCUCCUUGGGGCCCUGCAGGGCCUCCUAGGAACCCAGCUUCCUCCACAGGGCAGGACCACAGCUCACAAGGAUCCCAGUGCCAUCUUCCUGAGCUUCCAACAGCUGCUCCGAGGAAAGGUGCGCUUCCUGCUGCUUGUAGUGGGGCCCACCCUCUGUGCCAAGUGGACCCCACCCGCCACAGCUGUCCCGGGCAGCAUCUCUCCAUUGCUCACACUGAACAAGCUCCCAAACAGGACUUCUGGAUUGUUGGAGACCAACUCCAGUGUCUCAGCCAGAACUACUGGCUUUGGACUUCCGAACAGGCUGCAAGGAUUCAGAGCCAAGAUUCCUGGUCUGCUGAACCAAACCUCCAGGUCCUUAGGCCAAAUCCCUGGACACCUGAAUGGGACACAAGGACCCUUAAGUGGAAUUCACGGACUCUUUCCUGGGCCUUCACCCAGGACCUUAGGAACCCCGGAUAUUCCUCUGGGAACUUCAGACAUGGGCUCCCUGCCACCCUACCUCCAGCCUGGAGAUUCUCCUUCCCCAGCCCAUCCUCCCCCUGGACAAUACACACUCUUCUCUCCUUCGCCCACCUCACCCAUCCCCAUGGUUCAGCUCCAAUCCCUGCUUUCUGACCCCUCAGCCAUCACACCCAACUCUUCUAGUUCUCUUCUAGUUGCAGCCCGCUCUCACUUCCAGAAUCUGUCUCAGGAAGAGUAA